AUGGUGCAAAACUCAACAUGGAUAUGGCACUAUCGAUAUGGGCACUUGAAUUUCACUAGAUUGAAGACCUUGCAGCAGAAAAAUAUGGUAACGUGCCUUCCUCAAAUUCAAUCUCCUUCGGAAAUCUGUGAAGAAUGUAUUCUUGGAAAACAACAUCAUGAUGCUUUUCCUAAAAGAGGCACAUGGAGAGCUACUCAAAUACUUCAAGUGUCGAAAGUCUUGGGUUUAUUGGCAGAAAAAUCUGAGGCUCUUGGUAUGUUCAAAAGAUUUUAUGCUCGAGUUGAAAAAGAAUCUGGCAAAUCUAUUAAGGCUUUUCGUACAGACCGAUGUGGAGAAUUCAACUCACAUGAAUUUACUAGCUUUUGUGAGAUGAAAGGAAUUCAAAGACAUCUUACCACACCUUACACACCACAAAAAAAUGGUGCAGUAGAGAGGAAGAAUCAUACAAUCAUGAACAUGGAGGCUUGGGGUGAGCAUAAACUAGCAGUUGAUCAUUUCAGAAUAUUUGGAUGCAUAAGAUAUGCACACAUACCUGAUAAAAAGAUAAGCAAGCUUGAUGACAAAGGAGUCAAAUGUGUUUUUAUUGGGGUUAAUGAGGAAUCCAAGGCGUACAAGUUAUACGGUCCUAUUACUCAUAAGGUAAUUAUUAGUCGUGAUGUCUUGUUUGAUGAGGAAAAAACUUGGGAUUGGAAUAGUAAGGAAAAGAUGUCAAUUUCAGUGGAUUUGAAUGAAGGUGAUGAAAGCAGGAUUCAUCGACAAUUGCAAUCCCAUGGUGACUCUUUGCCAGAUGCUUCCGUGGAUGAUCAAACUGAAAAUCAACCACCAAAUCUGGAAGAGCCACGUCCAAGAAAAGAACCAACAUGGAUGAUAGACUAUUCAAGAAUGAAAAUGGAGGACUGCCAUGGAUGCAGAGAUUGA